GAAGCAGACUCCAUCCAUGCCACCGGCCUGGUCUGAAAGGUGAAUGCGGCUAAACGCUGGAAAAGCGGUCCAGGAUCACGUCUCUACACGGCAGCCUAAGCUAAUGCUUCAUUCCGCGCCUGCAUGCUCAUCUUCGCCGUUAAUACGGUCUUCACUGGGUUACGAUAACACCGGGGAAGACGAGAACGUGCUGGAAAUCUUGUAUUCGAUGCGCAGCUGAACCAACCAAGGACCAUGUUGUUCCAAACAGAUUUGUCUGGCGCCAAUGGCCCCGCGACAAAUGUCCCGCCCACAACUGUUGAGACUGGUCUGGUCCCCUCAUAUCGACGUAACGGGAAGUUGUUCAGCUGUGAACCAUGUCGGCGAGGGAAGCUGCGCUGCGAUCACAGCACGCCGAUAUGUGGAAGAUGCGCUCGUCGAGGCAAAGAGAGUGAAUGCGUCUAUCACCCAGCACCUUUGACCAAACCUCGCAUGUCUUCUGGAGCAGGUCCACUUCGCACGAGUAAUCCCGCUCGAACCUUACCACAAGUACCUUACCCAACUGAAAGGCUCGAUAAGCAACGUCCGAAUCACCUAGCUAGUCCGCCGUCAAGCGCAAAUACGACCUCAGGCCAGGAAGAGGCCCUAUUGCAUGUCAACGGCACUUCUCUUGGCCAAUCGCCGAUGGUACGAUCGCCUCUGGUACGGAUGGUGUCGCCUGCAACUGGCAGCUCACGAAUCUCAUCGAUAGACUCACAUAGAAGCCCUGCGAGUGCUAUGUCGUUUCGAGACAGCAAGACUGGAUAUCUCGGUGCUACAUCUUACUCGGCUGUCUACGAGGAGAAUUCGAGUAUAUUACAAACACCGGAGGUCGAUGAAGCAAGAGAUUUGCCAGUGACCAGCGCAGAAAAGAUACAACAAGGUGCUCAAAUUCUCUCUAUGCUCAAGGAUCUUCCGGUGUACCGCAAAUAUAUGGGCAGAUGGUUCGAACUCUGCGACGGCCUCGUGAUCAUGCAGCCGAUCUUCAAAAUCUGGAUCGAUGAGCUAUGGACCGAAUUUGGAGAUGUGCUCGCAGAAGGGAAGACAGAACAACUCCUCGCGCUCUCUGAACUGGUGUGGAGAAAUACCCGCCAGUCAAUGAAAGUCCACGGCGACAUGACUGCCAGAGAAUGGUCCAAAUCUGCAUCCGGCCAACACUUGCGCUGGGAAGUGGUCGGCAUAAUCCUCAGCCUCGUGGGGCUCAUUGCUGUGAACCUGAGCAACUGGGACACAAUAUUCGACUCUGUGCAAGAGAGUUAUGUCGAUCGGGCGACAUUUGCCGACCGUAUGCGCAAAGCAUCGGAGUUUUGUCUUUGCUUCUGCUACGAAUGCGAGGUUUUGAACGACAUCUACCUUUGUUUCAUGUACGAGGAUUUGAUCCUGGUAGAGUGCAUCAAGGGCGAUGCACACUACGCUGCCUGGCAACGAACUGGAGAAGUCUGCGAUGCUGUCGUGGCCAUGGGUUUACAUCAAGGCAACAAACCCGACGCUCACACACCUUUCUUCCUUUCAGAAUUACGAAAGAAGAUCUUCAUCUCUGCGUUCGGUCACGACAAAACCAUUGCCACAUUCCUAGGUCGGCCUCCGAGAUUAUCGCACAGAUAUUGCAAAAUGGAAUCGCCACUGGAUCUCUCCGAUGAAGAAGUCGUUUCCGAGGGCGCAGAUUUACAAGCCGCUUUGUCGCAACUGGACGAAAAUGGCUGGAACACAAGCGGCCACCUCCACCGCAACACUUGGCUGCGCGUCUGGUUCAAACAAGCCAGUCUGCGAGAAGAAAUUCUCGAAAUCGCACUCGGCACAGACGAAGAAGACAUUGCUCAACAGACUGAGCAGGUUCGAGUGAAAAUGGAACGCCUCCACAAGAGUCUUCCGGAUUUCAUGUGCAUCACUCCCGAACAGGUCCUGAGCGAAGGUAAUACAUAUCUUGGAAUGGGAUUCCCAGUGAAUCGAGUCAAAGAUGCGACGCGGUUGGUGCACUUUUGCAUUCAUACCGGGAUAGCGCAUACUGAGUUUCUGUUGCAACGAGCGAUGGUCAGUAGAUUGCGCACUGACACCAAGAAACUUAUUCCGAUCGCCCGAAGGAUGUUGAAAAUGGUCCUACUGGCUCAGUCGAAGAAGGAAUUCUUUCGAGAUUUUCAGGGAGAUUUGAUUUAUUUGCUUGCAUUACACGGUUUGCCAGCUGCUGGUGUGCUCGCAGUUGAGCUGCUCACGCAAGAACGGACACGACAAUGGACACCCGACCUCCUGCCUCGCUCGGAGACCAUUCAAGACCUGAGCGUCUUCAUCUCCGCACUUUCGGCAGUCGGACCAGGAGAGGGGAAUUUCUUCAUCUGUGAUCAAGGUCGCCGAGCUCUGUCCAGAGUGCUGGACCAGAUCUUGUCCCCAAAUCCACUGCCUUCAUCAGCGCCAGCGACGAGAGAGGCUGCGGUAUAUGACGACUCGUCGUCGACGUACUUUCCCAUCGGCAAUGACGCGGAGUUUCUGCAGUGGCUGGAACACGUUGAGUGGGAUAAGAAUACUUGGAUCGAGCCUCUGCCUUCUUCGAACCUGGAGGCGCCAUGA